GUACAUGUCGUAAUGGAUCUGGCGUUACGUCAAAUCAUUGAAUUGGAUGAGCCACAACAGAUCCUGCAUACCAAUUGUUGGUUACGAAUUACAUGGUCAGAUUGUCGCCUUGUCUGGAAUUCUUCCAAUUAUCGAGACAUUAACAGUAUAGUAGUUCCAGCAAAGAAACUCUGGUAUCCAGAUUUGACUCUGUAUGACAGUGCCGAGGUUUCAAGUCAGAAUAUACAGAACUAUAGAAUAGGUUUAACAUCAAAUGGUGACAUACGACAGUAUGUACCAGCGGUCCUCGUCAGUUUGUGCAGCAUUGACGUUUCAAUAUUUCCAUUUGAUGAACAAGUUUGUAACCUUACUUUUGGGAUGUGGAUGCAUAACGGCCUGGACGUAGAUAUUGCACCGUUACGAAACGCCGACCUGAGUCAAUACGUCCAGCACGUGGAAUGGAGAUUGAUCAGUUUUAAUUCUGAACGUAUCGUGAACGUAUUUGUAGACAUCCCAUAUCCGGUAGUGAUAUACCAGCUAAGGUUACAAAGAAAACCGUUAUUUUAUGUGAUAAACUUGUUGUUUCCAUGUGUAUUAAUAUCAACUAUAGCCGUAUUAGGGUUUAUUCUGCCCUCAGACUCAGGUGAGAAAGUGAAUCUUGAAGUGACAGUGUUGUUAUCUUUGGCUGUGUUUCAACUUAUCGUUCUUGACACCAUGCCACCAUCAUCAGAAACACUACCAGUUAUCGGACUAUAUUUUGCCGCAACGAUGGUCAUGGUGGCCUUAUCCUGCUUGAUGACAGUUCUGGUUUUAAAUAUACAUUUUAGAGGCAAAACAGAAUAUCGAGCACCGAAAGUUUUAAGAUGUAUUAUUAUUAAUGGUUUAGGGAAGGUA